AUGGAUAGUGAAGGGAGAUGGUCUGUCAUGCCGCCUAUGGAUCCCAAAGCCAAUUUGUUCCAUUCCGAGCCUCUUCCAGAGGACGGGCCCAUCGAAUGCCUGAUCAUUUGCACCAAGUCGCAUCACACGGAGCUUGCCAUCAGAGACAUUCGUCAUCGCUUGACGAGAGACACGACCAUAUGUUUUGUUCAUAAUGGUCUAGGCGUACUAGAUCUCAUCAACAAAAAUAUCUUCCCGGAUCCAACCGACCGACCACAUUACAUCCAAUCGGUUUUCAGUCAUGGUCUUACUAGGAAGGAUCAUUUCAGAAUCGCCCACAUGGGUGUUGGAUCUUUGAUUCUUAGCCCAGUUGAAACAACAAACAAGCCAUCACAUGCAGAAAUUGAUGAUACGUGGGCGCCGACAACAAAGUAUCUUAUGCGUCUCUUGACUUUGACUCCGCCAUUGGUUGGUGUGGCCGAGACACCUGCAGGUUUGCUGCAGUACAAAUUGGAGAAGUUGGUCAUCAACAGCGUCAUCAAUUCCUUGACUGCACUUGGAGAUUGUACCAACGGGGAUCUCCUCUAUUCAUUCAGUUUCACUCGCGUCAUGCGACUGCUGCUAUAUGAAAUGUCUGCUGUGAUUUGUGCUCUUCCCGAAUUGCAAGGUGUUCCAGGCAUUGAAGACCGCUUCUCCCCGGAGCGCCUACGUCGGCUGAUCACGAACAUGGCGCGUCUGACGGCCGCAAACAGCAGCUCGAUGCGAGAGGACAUCAAUUGCCGGAGGAUGACCGAAAUUGAAUACUUGAAUGGUUACAUCGUGCGCCGCGGCGAAGAAUUGGGUAUCAAAUGUGCGCUCAACUACAUGAUCAAGCAUUUGGUUGCAGCCAAAGCGGUUACCGCAAAGGACGUUGAAAACACCAGCUUGCCCUUCGAUAUUGAUAAUGACAUUAUCACCAAAGAGCCUAGUCUCUGA